AUUAUUUAAUUGAAAAAGAAAAUAAAGUACCCUUCCCUCCCUCCCUCCCUCCCCUUUUUCUUUUUUAGAAAACUUAGUCUCUAUAGUCUGUCCCAUCACAACAACAAAAACUUAGUUUUUUUUUUUCUCUUUCAACUUUCUUUAAAAUAAAGAAAGGGAGAAAGCUCAUUUUGGGUUGGAUCAAGAAAUAAUCUGGAUUCUUGAGAAAUGAUCUUCUAGCAAGAAGCUUAGCCUCAAUCUUGUAGUGUUUUUGAUUCAAGUAUAGUGGUAACUGAUUGAUUUAGUGUUAAUCAAAAGGGAUCAUUAUUAAGUAACAAGGAUGAAGAAGAUAUGUAGUAAUACAAUGGAGGAAUGUCUUCAUCAUCCAAGCUUAAUAAGUAUUGUAUUCUCUUGGACUUUAGAGGAUCUUCUCAAUGAAUAUCUUUUCAAAAAUCAGGUACCGAAGAUUCCACAGACAUUCUUGUCCACAAAUGGUUAUAUGAAUUCAUUCUUUCCUGCAUUGAUUGAGGAAACACAUAGUGAUCUAUACUCAAGCUUGAUGAGUGUGCCUCAAGCUUCUUUUUGUGAAAUCAGGACAAUGGAAAUGUCCAAGGAAUUCAACCCUCCGUACGACUUGUACUAUAACAUUACAGUGAAGAACAUUACUGAUGAGGUGUAUGGUGUAGGAAAAUAUGAACCUGAGGUUGGUGAUCUCAUUGCAUUCACAAGUAUUCGGCCGAGAAGUGUGUAUGACUUGAGCAGGAUAAAAAAUUACUGUCAUAUAGCUUAUAUUUGUGGAUCAAAAGAUGAAUUUACUGAUGAGAUUCCUAUACUGUUAUCAAAGUACAUGGAGAUGGAGAUGCAUGGUAAAUUUCAUUCGAGGAGGAACAAUGCACAGAAACUUUAUGCAGUUUAUCUCGUUAACAUGAUCACUAAUGUUCGUAUUUGGAAAGCCUUGAAUUCUGAGAUGGAAGGAUCCAACAUGAAUAUAAUUAAAAAAGUUUUGCAGCCUUAUUCAGGGAGGGAGGAAAACUGUCAUACUUGCUUGUCGGGGGAAAUUCUCGGUCAAUCCUAUGCCCGAGUACAAAACAUAAUCAAAUCUCAGAAUCUGAAUGAAUCUCAAAAAGAUGGUAUUCUAAGUUGUCUUCAUAUGAAAAAGUGUCAUCACAAUGAUCCUAUUAAACUCAUAUGGGGUCCACCAGGAACUGGGAAAACAAAGACAGUUGCUUCAAUGCUAUUUUGUCUACUCAAGUUAAGAAUGAGAACAGUGACAUGUGCUCCAACAAACACUGCAGUUUUGGUAGUGGCGUCACGUCUUCAUAUCAUAGCUAAGGAUUCACUUGAGAAUGGUUCAUAUGGUCUUGGUGACAUAGUACUAUUUGGAAAUAGUAAAAGAAUGAAAAUUGAUUCUUAUAAAGGUCUUGGUGAAGUCUUUUUGGAUAACAGAGUUGAUGAUUUGUUAAAAUGUUUUUCUCGAAUGACUGGAUGGAAAAAUAGUUUGGAAUCAAUGAUCAAAUUACUAAAGUAUCCUGAAGAAAAAUAUGCUUUGUAUCAGAACAAAAAUGAUGAUGAAAAUGUUAUGUCAUUAGAAGAAUUUGCCAAUAAAAAUUAUGGUCAUGUAAAGCCUGCAUAUUUUUCAUACAAGAGACGUUUUAAGUAUCGUUGUCCUAUGACAUUGGAAGAGUUUGUGAAGAAGAAAUAUGGUUAUAUUGUUGAGCAAUAUGAUAUAUAUAAAGAUGAAAACAAGUUAGGUGUUGGUAUGAGCAUGGAGCAGUUUUUAAGACAAAGGUUCUGUGUAUUUGGAGGGAAGUUGAAGUCAUUCGCAAAAACCUUGUGUACUCAUUUACCAACAUGUUUCCUUCCGAUUAAGGUGGCGAUGAAAAUAUUUAGAGUUCUUGAGUUGUUAAAAUCUCUUGAAGUCUCCAUGAAUCAAAGCAAACAAACACAAACUUUCCAUGGUAAUUGUGAGGACGGAGAAAGAAUUUUCGCUUGGUUUGGUUGGUUAAGCAUUGAAAAACAAGAGUUUCUUCACACACUUUGUUUUCUUUGUAACACUAUCAAGCUUCCACAAAUUACAUCAAAAUUUGGCAUAUCACGAUUUUGCUUGAAGAAUGCAUGCCUUCUUUUUUGUACUGCAUCAAGUUCUUCUAAGUUGUACACAGAAGGAAUGAAACAAGUGCAGUUUCUAGUGAUUGAUGAAGCUGCUCAACUUAAAGAAUGUGAAUCAACAAUUCCAUUGCAAUUAAAUGGUCUCAGACGUUGUAUUCUUAUUGGUGAUGAGAGACAACUUCCUGCAAUGGUCAAAAGCAAGAUUGCUGACAGGGCUGAAUUUGGAAGAAGCUUAUUUGAGAGGCUAGUGAUGUUGGGAUACAAGAAGCAUAUGCUUAAUGUUCAAUAUAGGAUGCAUCCAUCUAUAAGCAUGUUCCCAAGUAAAGAGUUCUAUGAUAACCAACUUUCUGAUGCUCAGAUUGUAACAGAAAUAAGCUAUAGCAAACGUUUCCUUGAAGGAACAAUGUAUGGCUCCUACUCCUUCAUUAACAUAUCUAAGGGUAAAGAGCAGUCUAAUCAUGAUCAUAGUUUGAAGAAUGUGAUUGAAGCUGCUGCUAUCUCUGAGAUUAUUGGAAGACUUAACAAGGAGUUUGUGAGGACAAAGAAAAAAGUUAGCAUAGGGAUCAUAUCUCCAUACAAGGCACAAGUGUAUGAAAUCCAAGAGAAAGUGAAGCAGUACAUGGUCUCAAAUCCUAACUUUUCGGUUAAUGUUUGUUCUGUUGAUGGCUUUCAAGGUGGUGAAGAAGACAUUAUAAUAAUAUCCACUGUUAGAUCAAAUUUGAGUGGAAAAGUUGGAUUUCUUUCCAAUAGACAAAGAGCUAAUGUUGCAAUCACCAGGGCUAGAUAUUGCCUUUGGAUUGUAGGAAAUGCUACAACUUUAACUAAUAGUAACUCUGUGUGGAGAAAGGUUGUUCUUGAUGCUAAGGGAAGAAAUUGCUUUCAUAAUGCUGAUGAGGACAAGAAAUUAGGUCAAGUUAUUGAUGAUGCAUGCUUUGAGUUUGAACUACUAGAUGAUUCUGCAUCAGCAUUUAAUAAACUAAGCAUAAGGGACAUGCCAGAAAGAACUACUUUCUCAAGGUAAAUGAAACCAUUACAUUACAUCUUCAUAUAUUCGUGUUAAUUGUAUAAUGAUGAACAAGUAAAUUAGCAUUUCGAUGCUCAAAAUUGUAAACGUCGAACAAUUUGGUCUUUUAAAUUUACAAAAUAGUAAAUUAGUCUCUUAAAUUAAAGAAGUUCAUUCAAUUUUCUAGUCCUUGCAUCAAAAUAUUUUUUUAUAACUUAUAGAGCGACAAAGACAGAAACUAAUACUUGCAUGAUUGUA